AUGUGGACAAAUAACAGUCGAGAAGAAACCAAACUGCAUCUUGCAGAGACGGAGUCGUACAGUACAGGCAAAAUAAAGCCGUUAUUGAAGGAAGAGCUCAAAUAUUACAUACAGACACGUCGUAUGUCUGAAGGAAAGAAUGAAUUAGUUGUCGAGUUUAAUAAGGAAUUCAAAAAAGAUAGGAUAUGCUUAACAAUUUAUAAAUUGAGACCGAAUGAGGUUGUUAAACUUAAGAGACGACGUGAACAGAAUCGUAAAGCCUCUGAAAAAUUCAGAGUGAAAAAGAAAACUGAGCUACAAACUCUACAACUAUUGUGUCAAAAAUUACAACAGAGGAAUGAUGAGUUGAUGAAAGAAGUAGCUGACCUUGAAGCUGAACGCGAUGCAUGGUACUGUCGUCUGCUAGAAUCUUUGCAUAAUACUGACUUAAUUGAUAACAACAAAACUGUUCCGAUUUGACGGACACGUAAUGUGAAAUAGUUUUGAAAAAAGUGACCAUAAGAAAAUACCCUAAGUUAUGUGAACUUUAAUUUCACAUUUUGAAGCAAGUCUUUAUUUACAUGAUGUAAAAUUGAAGUUAAAAAGUUUCA